AUGUGGCUGUUUGGGCUCUUAGCAUUGCUAUUUGCUCCAUUAAAGAAUCUCUCCUUUUAUUCAAUUCCCCAAGCCUUCAAGAGUCACAUCGGCUCGAGGGGAACUUGGACAGUUGUAGGGACGACGAGAGAGGGGCCAAAUGAGCGGACAUGGAGGGGUCAGAGGGACAUGUGCACAGAUGAACCCGUCCUCAUAUCACCUUAUCUAACUCCCGCCCUUAAAAGACGCUUCUGCCCCAAUGAAGGGGUGUGUUGUUUUGUCAAAAUGCGCACAAUCACAAAGGCCUGUGUCUCUUCGGCCGAUUUGAGAAAGGACUGGGUGGAGAGAGUCGAGGGCGAGGGGCGGCCACUUGCACACGAGGUUAAUCCUGUGUUUGUGCAGCUCGACUUUCUGAUUUAG